AUGGCGCAAAUGCUAGAUGCAACCGAACGACCGUUGCAGGCGCAGCAAAUACACCCUCAUACCGACUCAACACAAGAGCCAGAGAACAUGCUUCUCAAGGCAGUCCACCAGUCACCAACAAUGAAACAAUUCCGGCUCUCAAACAAUUCUCGUCCGGUUCAAACUUCCCGAAGACUCUUGAAAAUCCCGCCCCAGCGUAUCUCCAACCAGAUGACCCUUUCGAGUCUUUCAGGACCACAGAGGAUUGCCUGCGAACCAUACAUCGAGUACUGUGACGAAUUCGGCACCCUCGUGGCAGCCUAUUACCUGGGACCCAAACUCGCCGGGCACGCCGGAAGAAUUCAUGGCGGGCUUCUGAUGACGCUGUUCGACGAGUGCAUGGGACGAGCCUGUUUUCCUCGGCUUGCAGGCAAAACUGCAGUCACUGCAAAAAUCGACGUGAGCUUUAGAAAGCCAGUUCUGGUGGAGAGUGUGGUACUUGUCAAGGCCUGGACUGAGAAUAUCGAGGGAAGAAAAGCCUGGGUAAAGGCGGAAAUCCUGCAAUUUGACGACGAGAGUCGCCCAUGUGCUGAAGCUUCUGCCUUGUUUAUCGAACCCAGAAAUGCCGCCGAGAUGGACAUUUUGAUAUAA